CAACGGCUGUGACAUGCACGGUCCCAAGGUCAUCCCAGUAUUACCGACUCCACGAUCGGUGUCGAUGAUUCUUCCGAGCAAAGGCGAAUCUGGAGGUGACAGCACUGAUGAGCAAGAAUACGAAGCCCAAACAACCGAUGCCCUCAUAUCGAAUUCCGGCGUCGCCGUGGGUCAACGAGCGUCGGACGACUCCGGGAUCGGACCCAACGAGGGCAGAUCGAAACGCAGUCUCCACAUCGAUAUUUCUCCCAGGCCGGCAAUCUCGAGAGCAAGUUCCUACGGAGGAUCGGUUUCUUCGCUGCCCAUAACUCCAAAAAUCGCUGGCGUGCGUCACGUUGGCCCGAGCGACAGGGAUUCGUUGGUGAUCAUACUGAGUGCUCUUUACGCGAAACUGCUGAUCGUUCUCGGGAUCUGCUUCCCUAUGGCGGAAGUCAUAUCGAGGAGAAUACCGGCUGUGUUCUACGAAGGGUUCUACCUCUACCUCUAUCUGGGGAGCAUCCUGUUUCUCUUGUUCAUGUAUUUGUUCGUGUUCCCACACCAGAAGGGAUCGAAGGGGCGGAGCAAUUCCCGCAUUUCUGGAGUCACUCAAACGGUGAUGGACAAGUUCCGAAUUUUCACCAAAACCAAAGCAACUGAGAAAACCAACCGCAUGCCGGCAUAUGAACUCAGAAUGUCUCACGCAGGGAGCUUUUACCUCAGGCUGGGAGCGGUGGCUUUCGGCACCGGCAGCAUGAUCUACUCGGGCCUCGAAUUCGGUCAAUUCUUCGAAUACGAAUCCACGGAUCAAUGCAGCAUCCUGCACAAUCUCACGCCGGCCUCCAGGAUGGCUUUCACAUUUUUCCAACUCUACUUCAUAUUCAUAAACUCGCGCGUGGCGAUCAACCGAUACACAACCAUUGCUCGCUUCGGCCUGAUGCAUAUGAUUUCGAGCAACCUCUGCGUCUGGUUGCACGUGUUGAUCCAAGAGACGAAGCAUCAGAUUUUCGAUUUGGCAUCGAGCCCGAGCGUUGAAAACCACACAGAAAUAAUCGAGCAAAUCGUUGAAGCGGUCCACAACAGGUCGAAGCGCUCGUUUCCUGAUAUCUAUUGUGGACAACGAGACAACAUCAUGGGUGAACUGGUCCAGAACGCAUCCCCGUUUCUGUUUCCUUGCACCAUUGAAUACAGUUUAAUUUGCGCCGGCGUUCUCUAUAUCAUGUGGAAGAAUGUCGGUUCUUCAAGAGUAGUCUUCAACGACAGCUCAUCGGCCACAACUUACGGUGGGGGCAAACAGCGCCACUAUUAUCAAGUCGAUUGCGCUAAGGCGAACAAGGGUCUUUUCACGGGACUGCUGGUACUUGUGCUCUCAAUCAUCAGUUUGAUUCUAUUCUUCGUUUUGAUCAACAAGCCCGGCUACAGGAGCAUCGCUGUGCUGGAAGCCCACAUAGCUGAGCUGCUCGUCUACGUCCUAGCGUCCUUGGCUACCAUAACCGCCCUGAUUCAAGUCCGAGAACUACGUUACAAUCGCUCUAGGAAUCUCGAUCUGGAAUCAAUUCUGUUGAUCGUAGCCCAGAGCGGGCUCUACCUUUACAACGUUUUCAGUAUAAUCGGAGGUCAUUUCGACGGGGGAGAGAGCACAAUGCUCGCUAUCCUGACCGCGCUCGCUUGUCUCAUCCAAGCCUCUUUGCAAACAAUGUUCAUUUUGGACGCCUCGCGCAGAUAUGUCAACAGCCAGGACCAAGCGGAACGGAAACCCGGCAGAGAGAUGGUCACGUUCCUCAUUCUUUGCAACUUCUCUAUGUGGGCAAUCAAUACUCUGGAAACCAGGAGAGCCGAUUCGAAUCCGGUCCAGAUGCACUUCUAUGGAUUCUGGGCGUGGACCAUCAUCACUCAUGUGACAGCUCCACUAGUAAUAUUUUUCCGAUUCCACUCUACCGUUUGUCUUUGCGACAUUUGGAAACGUGCUUACAAAGUCAAGUCUGAUUACCUUUGCUAGCGUAACACAUAGCUGAUAUAAAUAAUCAAUAAUAUUAAAUGCCGCGGGUAAUGAAUCACUACCUAUUCAUGGAAUACUGCUGCAUGGAGACGGUGCGAAACAAAAGUUCCUACUCUAACAUAUUCGA